AAAGACGAGAAGAGCGUUUAAAGCGAUUCUGAGUAAGCGACCAGGCCGGUAAGGUUAUAAAGCUUAAAUAUCGAAUGCGAAAAAGAAGCGCGCGCCGAGAGAUUCGUCGUGUAAGAGCGUAUUUAAUCGGCUGAACUACGAGUCUCGUCUCUUUUUCUCUCGCUUUAAGCAACGAGCGCAGCUGGCCUGCCGACGACGACGACGACAAGAACAUCGACCACCGAGUGGUACCAAAAACGACCAACGGGUGACUCGUUUCGAACGGAAUUUCGGCAGUGAGAUAUACCCUGUUCUUCGGCUUAGGCAGAGCGAGUCGUUAUCGUCUCCGGCGCAGUUCGUUUUCUUCCCUUUGACGUCGUAUCUAAGCAAUACCUCAAACAAACUCAAAAUGAGUAACGAUCCAGAGCGUGCUGACACUACUGAUUUUGAAUCUGUUGAAGAAGAUGAUGAUAAAGCUGUAAAGCAAUCUAAGCAGCGUCAAGAAUUCUUGCAAGCAUUAGCAGAUGGUAUCAAUCACUUCAAUGUUGAGUUACCAGCUCCAGUUAAACGAAGGGUAAAAGCACUGAAACAAUUACAAUUGAAAACUAUAAAUCUCGAAGCUGAGUUUUAUGAAGAGGUACAUGCUCUUGAGUGCAAAUAUGCUCAAAAAUAUUCCCAAUAUUACCAGGAAAGAAGCAAUAUUGUUUCUGGAGAAAAAGAACCAACUGAUGAAGAAUGUGUUUGGGAAAGUGACGAAGAUGAAGAGGAAGAUCUUAGCAAAGACAUGAAAGAUAAAGUUCAGAUUGAAGUAAAAGAAGAAUCCAAAAACGAAAAAAAUGGAACUGUUGACGAGAACAUCAAAGGUAUCCCAGAUUUCUGGCUGACCAUUUUUAAGAAUGUGAGCAUGCUUUCUGAUAUGGUCCAAGAACAUGACGAACCUAUUUUGAAACAUCUUUAUGAUAUCACAGUUAUAUUUUUAGAAAAAGACCCAAUGGGCUUCGUUUUGGAAUUUCAUUUCUCACCAAAUGAAUACUUUUCAAACUCAGUUUUAACAAAGGAGUAUCAAAUGAAAUGUGCUCCAGAAGAAAAUGAUCCCUUCAGUUUCGAAGGUCCAGAAAUUUACAAAUGCAAGGGAUGCACAAUUGAUUGGAAGAAAGGCAAAAAUGUCACAGUUAAAACGAUCAAAAAAAAUCAGAAACACAAGUCACGUGGUUCCAUGCGCACAGUAACAAAAACAGUGCAAAAUGAUUCAUUCUUCAACUUCUUUUCUCCGACACCUGUUCCUGAUGAUCCUGAUGUAGAACUGGAUGAUGAAACACAGUUGAUGCUCACAUCUGAUUUUGAGAUUGGUCACUACAUUAGAGAACGAGUUGUGCCUAGGGCAGUUUUAUAUUUCACUGGCGAAGCUCUGGAAGAUGAGGAUGAUGAUUAUGAUGAGGAUGAGGACGAAGAUGAUGAUGAUGUAGAUGAUGAUGAUGAGGAUGAAGAUGAUGAAGAUGGACCUAAAAACUUUGGACCAAAAGGCAAGAUAGACAUGAAAAACCAGGAAGCUCCUGAAUGUAGACAACAAUAAAACGGUCCUUGAUUAUAAAAUUAAUAAAUUUAUUUAAUUUUUAUUAACACAAGACAGAACUGCGUGGUCAAUGAACGACUAAACUUCAUCUACAUCUGCAUCUAAGAUUAAAAUGCUCUGCAAUGGAUCAGGUUUUACCGAUGAAUUUACGCCUUCAAUCAAUUAAAAAAGAUAUUUUAGAACAACAA